AUGCUACAAAACAUCUACUAUAAUCUACAUAGUAUCAAUCAAACCAAUAAUAAUGAUGGCGGUAAUAAUAAUUUACCAUCACCAACACCAACAGGACCAAGAUUACCUAAUUUUAUAAUUAAAAUAUCAUUAUAUUCAUCAUUAAUAUCAGCAAUAAUAAUAUUUAUAAGUAUUUUUUUACAUUUAAUAAAUUAUAGAAAACCAUUUCAACAAAGAUUAAUGAUAAGAAUUCAAAUUAUUGUACCAUUAUUUGCUUUAACAUGUUAUUCAAUGUUAAUUAAUCAAACAUCUCCUUUCAAUAAAUUUAUAUUAGAACCUAUAAGAGAAGUUUAUGAAGCUUUUGUUAUUUAUACUUUUUUUUCAUUACUUAAUGAUAUGUUAGGAGGUGAAAGAAAUAUUAUUAUAAUGACAAGUGGAAGAGAACCUGUACGACAUCCUGGUAUUUUGGGCUAUAUUUUAGUACCAUUAGAUAUUUCUGAUCCAAAAACUUUUUUAAUGAUUAAAAGAGGUAUAUUACAAUAUGUUUGGUUAAAACCAAUUAUAUGUAUUACAAUAAUUAUAGGAGAAUUAACUGGAUUUUAUAAUGUUAAUGAUAUGAGCUAUAAAUCAAUAUAUUUAUGGUUAACUUUAAUUUAUAAUGCAAGUGUUACAUUAAGUUUAUAUUCAUUAGCAAUAUUUUGGAAAAUUUUAUGGAAUGAUUUAAAACCUUUUAAACCAGUUGGAAAAUUUUUAUGUGUUAAAUUAAUAAUUUUUGCUUCUUAUUGGCAAGGAGUUAUAUUAGCUAUAUUAAAUUUUUUUGAAAUUUUACCUGGAUCAAAUGAAAAUAAAAGUGGUGAAAGUAUUGGUAUAUGUAUACAAAAUGCUUUAUUAUGUGUUGAAUUAAUUGCUUUUGCUAUUGGUCAUUGGUUAUCUUUUAGUUAUAUACCUUUUACUAUAUCAAAUUUACCUUGGGGUAGAUAUAAAUUUAAAUAUGCUUUAAAAGAUUGGAUUGGUUUUAAAGAUUUAAUUAUAGAUUUUCAAAAGACAUUUAAGGGAGAUCAUUAUAAAGAUUAUAGACAAUUUGAUUCUGUUGAAGCAUUAGUUGCUCAUCCUGAUUCAAAAGGUCGUAUGAGUAGAAUUCAUCAAGGUUUAAGAUAUCAUUAUGAUGGAAAACAUAAACAUUGGUUACCUGAUAAUUCAAGUAUUAAUGCAUCACAAAAUAUUAUACCAAGUACUUCAGAAGUUCAUGCAUUAGAUAAUGCAUCAAUAUUAUCAAAUAAUACAUCAAUGAGAGGUUUAUAUCCUCAAUCACCUAAAUCAACACCACCUGGAUCACCAAUAACUAUACGAGAAGAAGAUGAAAUAUCAGAUUCAGAAUAUCUUAUUGAUGUAACCACCACCAUCCCUAAUACAGAUUCAAUACAAAAUAUAAUAAAUUCAGAUCAACAAUUAUCAAAAAUAGAUUAUUCAAAAGAAAAUUUUGAUUUAGAUGAAAAAAUUUAUCAAGAUUCUUUAAAUAAUAUCAAGAUAUAUUCAUUAAAUGAACCUCAAAUUAAAAAAAUUCUAAAUUAUCCUAUUGUUGAUGAAACUUUAGAAAGUCAUUUAUAUGGUUAUAAAGUUCAACAGUUAAGAAGACAAAGACAACAACAACAACAGCAGCGAAGUAGGAAGAGUUUAAAUAACAAAUCAUUAAAUAAAAAUAAUAAUAAUGGUAAUAAAAGAAGAGAUAGUGAUCUUCUACUGAGUAAUCAAAGUUAUAGAUAUGGUAGUAUUGUAUGA